GCGCGCGCCCGCCCGGCCCCGCGGCGGCGGCGCGUCACCCUCUCCCCCGCCCCGAGCCCACGAGCCGGGAGGCGGUGGCUGCUGCUGCAGUGGGGCAGGUGGCGGCGACUGGCGGCUCUCGAGGCGGCGGCGGCGAUUUAACCCAGAAACUGACUUCAUUAUAGAAAUACCCACAGUUAUAUCAAUGUUUGGGGAAAGGUAGUGGCAACAGGCAAAGGAAACACAGCUCUGACAUCCUAGGGACAAUGAGCCUGUUAAAGCCAAGUGGGCUGAAGGCCCCCACCAGGAUCCUGAAGCCUGGAAGCACAGCCUUGAAGACCCCCACUGCUGCUCCAGUAGAAAAAACAAUAUCCAGUGAGAAAGCAUCAAGCACUCCAACCUCUGAGACACAAGAAGAAUUUGUGGAUGACUUUCGUGUUGGGGAGCGAGUUUGGGUAAACGGGAAUAAGCCUGGAUUUAUCCAAUUUCUGGGAGAAACCCAGUUUGCACCAGGCCAGUGGGCUGGGAUUGUUUUAGAUGAACCUAUAGGCAAGAAUGAUGGUUCAGUGGCAGGAGUCCGGUAUUUCCAGUGUGAGCCUUUAAAAGGUAUAUUCACCCGACCUUCAAAGUUGACAAGGAAGGUUCAGGCAGCAGAUGAAGCUAACGGCCUGCAGACGACUCACGCUUCCAGAGCCACUUCACCUCUGUCCACUUCUGCGGCCAGCAUGGUGUCAUCCUCCCCAGCCACCUCCUCAAAUGUCCCCCAUAAAUCAUCCCAGCCAACAGCAAAGGAACCUUCAGCUACAUCACAGAUCAGCAACCUUACAAAAACUGCCAGUGAAUCUAUCUCCAACCUCUCCGAGGCUGGCUCAAUCAAGAAAGGGGAAAGAGAGCUCAAAAUGGGAGACAGAGUAUUGGUCGGUGGUACUAAGGCUGGCGUAGUCCGGUUUCUUGGGGAGACAGACUUUGCCAAGGGGGAGUGGUGUGGUGUGGAGUUAGAUGAACCUCUUGGGAAGAACGACGGGGCUGUGGCUGGAACCAGGUAUUUUCAGUGUCAACCCAAAUAUGGCUUGUUUGCUCCUGUCCACAAAGUGACCAAGAUUGGCUUCCCUUCUACUACUCCAGCCAAGGCCAAAGCCGCUGCUGUGAGGCGGGUGAUGGCGACCACGCCCGCCAGCCUGAAGCGCAGCCCUUCUGCCUCCUCUCUCAGCUCCAUGAGUUCUGUGGCCUCCUCCGUGAGCAGCAAGCCCAGUCGCACAGGAUUAUUGACUGAAACCUCCUCCCGUUACGCCAGGAAGAUCUCCGGCACCACUGCCCUCCAGGAGGCCCUGAAGGAGAAGCAGCAGCACAUUGAGCAGCUGCUGGCUGAGCGGGACCUAGAGAGGGCGGAGGUGGCCAAGGCCACGAGCCACGUGGGGGAGAUAGAGCAGGAGCUAGCUCUGGCCCGGGACGGACACGACCAGCAUGUCCUGGAAUUGGAGGCCAAGAUGGACCAGCUGCGGACAAUGGUGGAAGCUGCUGACAGGGAGAAGGUAGAGCUUCUCAACCAACUGGAAGAGGAGAAAAGGAAGGUUGAGGACCUGCAGUUCCGGGUUGAGGAAGAAUCAAUCACUAAAGGCGAUCUUGAGGUGGCUACAGUGUCAGAAAAAUCCCAUAUAAUGGAACUAGAGAAAGACCUAGCAUUGAGAGUACAGGAAGUAGCUGAGCUGAGAAGAAGGCUAGAGACCAGUAAGCCUGCGGGGGAUGUCGAUAUGUCACUCUCCCUUUUGCAAGAGAUAAGCUCUUUGCAAGAAAAGUUAGAAGCCACCCAUGCUGACCACCAGAGGGAAAUAACUUCUCUGAAGGAGCAUUUUGGAGCCCGGGAAGAAACACAACUGAAGGAGAUAAAGGCUCUUCAGGCUGCCACAGAGAAGCUUUCCAAAGAGAACGAGUCAUUGAAAAGCAAGCUUGACCAUGCCAACAAGGAGAAUUCAGAUGUAAUAGUCCUGUGGAAGUCCAAGCUGGAGACUGCCAUUGCGUCCCACCAGCAGGCGAUGGAGGAGCUGAAGGUGUCCUUCAGCAAGGGGAUUGGAAUGGAGACAGCAGAAUUUGCCGAGCUAAAAACGCAAACAGAGAAAAUGAGACUAGAUUACCAGCAUGAAAUAGAAAAAUUGCAGAACAAACAAGACUCCGAACGGUCUGCUCACUCAAAAGAGAUAGAAGCCCUAAGGGCUAAACUUAUGAAAAUCAUUAAGGAGAAAGAGAAUAGUCUGGAAGCCCUCAAAGCGAAACUGGAGAGAGCAGAAGACCAGCACCUAGUAGAAAUGGAAGACACCUUAAACAAAUUACAGGAAGCCGAAAUAAAGGUAAAAGAGCUAGAGGUACUACAAGCCCAAUGCAAUGAACAAACCAAGGUUAUUGGUAAUUUUACAGCACAGCUCAAGGCUACUGAAGAAAAGCUCUUGGAUCUUGAUGCACUUCAGAAAGCCAGUUCUGAAGGUAAAUCGGAAAUUGAGAAACUUAGACAGCAGCUUGAGGCAGCUGAGAAACAGAUUAAAGGUUUAGAGAUUGAAAAGAACACUGAAAGUGGCAAGGCUAGUAGCAUUACCAAAGAGCUGCAGGGCAAAGAGCUGUCACUUAAAAAUCUCCAGAAAAACUUGAGUGAGAUCAGUCAAGUGAAGGAGGCUUUGGAAAAAGAACUUCAGAUUUUGAAAGAAAAGUUUGCUGAUGCUUCAGAGGAGGCUGUUUCUGUUCAGAGAAGUAUGCAAGAAACUGUAAAUAAAUUACACCAAAAAGAGGAACAGUUUAACGUGCUGUCUUCUGAACUGGAGAAGUUGAGAGAAAACUUAACAGAUAUGGAAGCAAAAUUCAGAGAGAGAGAUGAAAGAGAAGAGCAGUUGAUAAAGGCAAAGGAAAAAUUGGAAAAUGACAUUGCAGAAAUAAUGAAAAUGUCAGGAGAUAACUCUUCUCAGCUGACAAAAAUGAAUGAUGAAUUACGUCUGAAAGAAAGAAAUAUAGAAGAAUUACAGCUAAAACUUACAAAGGCCGAUGAAAAUGCAAGCGUUCUGCAGAAAAGUAUUGGGGAGGUAACUCUCAAAGCUGAGCAAAGCCAGCAGGAAGUGGCUAAAAGGCACGAGGAAGAAAAGAAACAGUUGCUGGAUAAAUUGUCAGACUUGGAAAAGAAGGUGGAAAUGAGCCACAACCAGUGUCAAGAUCUCAAAGCCAGGUAUGAAGAAGCCAGUUCUGAGACAAAGGUUAAGCAUGAAGAAGCCCUACAGAACCUGCAGAAGAUGCUGGGAGACAUCAAGGAGCAGCUGAAGGCUGCACAAGAGGAGAACAGCAACUUGCUGCAGGAGAUGAUGGAGCUGAAGAGACAAGCUGACAAAGCCAAAUCGCUAACUUAUUUGUUAACAUCAGCCAAAAAAGAAAUUGAACUAAUGUCAGAAGAGCUGAGGGGUCUGAAAUCAGAGAAGCAGCUUCUUGCACAGGAAGGAAAUGCUUUAAAGUUAGAAAAAGGUUCACUUUUAUCAAAGCUUGUAGAGGUGGAGGCCAAAAUAACUUUACUUCAGGAAGACCAACAGAAACUGUGGUCAGUAAAUGAAACUCUUAAUUUAGAAAAGGAGAAAGUCUUAGAAGAAAAGCAAGACAUUGAAAAGCUUUAUCAGCAGGAACAGCUCAAUAAGAAAGCUUUGGCUGUUGAGAGAGAGAAAGUACUUAAAGAAAUCGAUAUUGCUCAGGAAGAACUUUUGAGGAUAAACAUGGAAAAUGACUCUUUGCAAGCUUCCAAAGCAAGCUUGCAGGCACUCGUAGAAGAACUCCAGUUCAGUAAAGAGAAUUUGAUUGCUGAGUCUAAGAAGGAUCGGGAAGAAAAAGAUCACCUAGAGGAUCAUAUCAAGAAGCUUGUUACUGAAAACCUUGCCUUGGCUAAAGAUAAAGAUGAAUUUAUUCAGAAGCUUCAGAGUACCUAUGAGGAGCUGGUCAAGGAUCAGAAAACCUUGGUGCAGGAUAUUGAAGAUCUCACAGCUGAGAAAAAAUCAACUUUAGAGAAAAAGUCAAGUCUUGAUAACAUGUGCAUAGCCUUAAAGGUAGAAAGAGACAGUAUUCUACAAAACAACAAAGAUUUGCAGUUUGAGAAGGACAUGCUGCUUCACAAUCAGGACAAGCUGAAUGCCAGCCUGGAGGAAGCCAUCCAGGUCAAGCAACUGCUCAGUGCAGAAGCUAGUGAGCUCUGGACACAGCUGGAUGAUGCCAUCAAAGCUUUGAGGGAGGCUGAGCUGGAGAUAAGGCAACUUCAGGUUACCCAUACAAGCCUCACAAAGCUCCUGGAAGAAAUUAAGACCAGUCAGGAGAUCACAGACUCUGAGUGCAUCCAGCUUCUGCAUGAAAAAGAAAACUUGGCUUCAUCUGAAAAAAGGCUCAUAGCCAAAAAAAAAGAACUUCUAAGUGAAAAUAGGCUCAUCACUGAAAAACUCAACAAAUGCAUAGAAGAGGCUGUCCAUCUCCAAAUGAGUCUGAAUGAGAAGAUCACUUAUUUAACUUCGGAGAAGGAGAUGGUUUGUCAGAAAAUUACUAAGCUUAGAAAGCAGCAUGAUAGUCUCUUGAAAGAAAAAUCUGUCCUGGAAGAGGAAGAUGGAUAUUUACUUGCAGAAAGAGAAAAUUCCAUCAAAACCAUUGGAGACCUUAAAACGAAAUAUAAUCGAGAGUCUGCAAACAGAAGAAUCAUUGUGCAAGAGAGGAUGAAACUCUUUGGGAAUCUUGAUGCUCUGAAGAAAGAACUUCAAGAGAAAAAAGAAGAAAACCAAGAACUAGCAGCUACCCAGUGUGAUCUCUCUUUGAUGCUGAAAGAGUCUCAACAUGCCAAAAAGAAUCUAGAGAAAGAACACACAAACAUACUUCAAGCAAAGGACAGUUUGAAUGCUGAAUUGCAGACUUGCUGUUCUGAAAAGAACAUCUUGCUGAAGGAUGGGCUGAACCUUCAGGAACAGUGUCAGAAGCUAAAUGAGGAGGUCUAUACAGUGCAGCAGUCCUUCAUUCUGGAAAAAGAGGCCAGGGCGAAGGAAAAUGAGUUGUCCCUGUCUGAGAGCAAUAAGCUCCACGAGAAAGUGGCCCUCCUGGAGCAGGAGGUGGAAGAGUUAGGAGUGCAUAGUAAGAAGCUCCAGUCUGAAAAUUUUGUCCUAAUGCAAGAGAAGACCAAAUUGGAGCAAAAAAUGGUAGAGAUAAUCAAGGAAAAGGAGCUCUUGAGUGCCGAAACAGCUCAACUCACUGCCAACAUAGAGACCCUGAAAAGCGAUUUCUCCUCCUUGUCCAGAUCCAAGUUAGAACUGCAGGAGCUGCACAGCUAUCUCAGCAAGGUCCUGGAUGACCUCCAGCUAAACCACAAGGUGAUGCUGGCUGACCUGGCCAAGGUGAUGCAGGACAACAAGAGCCUCCUGGCUGAGAAAAGAGAAAUGAUACUGAAGAAGGAUGAGCUACUGAAGGAGAAGGAAAAGCUGGCAGAAAGCUACUUCAUCCUUCAGAAGGAGAUCAGCCAGUUGGCCAAAACCAACAGCCAUAUUUCAGCCAACCUCCUAGAAUCGCAAAAUGAAAACCGUAUUUUGAGGAAAGACAAGAGCAAGCUUGCUCUUAAAGUUAGAGAGUUCGAGAUGCUUCCAUCAUUUACGGCUGUUCAGACAGCAGAAGAUGCCAAGCAGAUAAUGGAACAGAUGACCAAAGAGAAGACUGAAACUCUGGCCUCCUUGGAAAAUACCAAGCAAACAAAUGAAAAACUACAGAAUGAGUUGGAUACACUUAAAGAAAACAACUUGAGAAAUGUGGAAGAGCUGAAUAAAUCAAAAGAACUUCUGACUGUAGAGAAUCAAAAAAUGGAAGAAUUCCAGAAAGAAAUAGAAACCCUCAAGCAGGCAGCCGCUCAGAAGUCCCAGCAGCUUUCAGCAUUGCAAGAAGAGAACGUUAAACUUGCUGAGGAGCUGGGGAGAAGCAGGGACGGAAUUACAAGUCACCAAAAGCUGGAAGAGGAGAGAUCUGUGCUCAAUAAUCAGUUGUUAGAAAUGAAAAAGAGAGAAUCCAAAUUAAUAAAAGACACAGAUGAAGAAAAAGCUUCCUUGCAGAAAUCCAUCAGUAUUACUAGUGCCUUACUCACAGAAAAGGAUGCAGAACUGGAAAAACUGAGAAAUGAGGUCACAGUGCUCAGGGGAGAGAACGCCUCUGCCAAGUCCUUGCAUUCUGUUGUUCAGUCUCUAGAGUCUGAUAAGGUGAAGCUUGAGCUCAAGGUAAAGAACUUGGAGCUUCAACUCAAAGAAAACAAGAGGCAGCUCAGCAGCUCCUCAGGUAAUACUGAUACUCAGGCAGAAGAAGAUGAAAGAGCCCAGGAGAGUCAGAUUGAUUUCCUAAAUUCAGUAAUAGUGGACCUUCAGAGGAAGAAUGAAGACCUCAAGAUGAAAGUGGAGAUGAUGUCAGAAGCAGCCUUUAAUGGGAAUGGUGAUGACCUAAACAAUUAUGACAGUGAUGACCAGGAAAAACAGUCCAAGAAGAAACCUCGCCUCUUCUGUGACAUAUGUGACUGCUUUGAUCUCCACGACACAGAGGAUUGUCCUACCCAGGCACAGAUGUCUGAUGACCCCCCCCAUUCCACACAUCACGGCAGUCGGAGUGAGGAACGCCCAUACUGUGAAAUCUGUGAGAUGUUUGGGCACUGGGCCACCAACUGCAAUGACGAUGAGACCUUCUGAUUAAGCUUCAACUUGAGAGCUAGGCCUUCUCAGACGCACUAGCAUUUGGGCAGCUGAGCACCAGCAUUGUGUGUGUGGACUUCAGGAGAACUCACCUUAUUUUUGACCCCCCGUCAACAAAUCCAAGAAAAUACUUUGAUCUUCAACAAUUUGUCCUUUCAGUCUCCCCUUACAAGUUAGAAUAAUAAACACUGAGUAGGUGAGUUUUCACCUCUAACUUAGUCUUCUUGAUUUUUAAAAGUUUUAAUAAGACAUUGCACCAGAUGCCAUUACAUUUACUGUCCCUAGGGAAACCUCCUAGAACAUCUUUACCCUUAAAAUACCUUAUUUAAGUAACUUUAAAUUAUGCUGUUACUUUUCAUAAUAUUUGCACUAAAAUAUUUCCAAGCUGCAUUUGUAUAUUUAGAUGUUUUUGGUUAAGCUUUGACACUGGAAUGAGUAGAAAAAUGUGCCAUUUUACAUUUUCAUCUACUCCUUUAAAGUAUUUUAUUCUUAAAGAAAUAUCUGAGCUCUUUGCACUACCUGAUGUCAGUAGUGCCUUUAUUUCAGGCUUGAUGAUACUUGGGUGUGAUUAUAAAAUCAUGAAACAGGUAAAGGGAUAGGGAAGCCCCCAAACUGCUGUGGGGACAUUUUAUAAUCUAUAUGCUGCACCCACUUACUCUACUGUGGUGUUUUGUUUAUUGGUUUUGCAUAAUUUCAGCUUCUAUAUAUUAUAUGUAUAUAUUUUUAAGAAAUCUCUAUUUUGGGAAAAAACAUACACAGUGUGUCUUUCUUUUCAUAUUUUUUACCUUAAAAUGUUGAUCAGCACCUAGCAGAAGUAGGCCAGAAGUAGUAUCACGUGGCUUUGCAACUAUUUUUUCUUUUUGUUUUUAUUUCAUUUCUUUAUCAGAUAUAAUAUAGGGGAAAAUUUUCUCCAAAAAUCUUUUUCCUUCUACAACAGAUAUCCCCAGCAGUCAAUUAAUUAAUCAGCCAGUAUAAAACACCUAUAUUAACCAAUCUGCAACCUUUACAAGUUUUUUUUACUGUGUUUUUAGAUGAAUGUAUGAUAAGAAAUCCAACAUUAAUAGUUUUGGAUUUUCUUAUCACAAAAAUAAAAUGAAGGACCUCAACCACCGAAAGUUUAUCAAUCAGCUCAAAUCUCUAUCUUCAUUUGAAUGUCUUCUAGAAUGUAUAAAAAGUAGUAAAUAUCUUCCAAGCUACAUGUGAAUAAGAACUUCUAUAACUGUAUAUAUGCCUUUGAUGUAUUUUCCCCUCAAGAUUAUCAACUGUGUGUUUGGCAAGUGAAAAAUAUAUCUGUAAUUGAAAUUUUUGGUUAUAAACCUAUAAUAAUAGGAAUUGUUUCACAAACAAUAUGCAAAGCAGUAUUAAAACUUGAGCAAACAGAUGUUUGGUAUCUACUUUAAUAAAUGGUUAUUGUUUUUCGCCAGUGGUAGUAAACUGAUGUUAUUCUCAGGUUUCUUUCUAAUGGUGGUUUCUCUUCAAAUGAGCAAGCUCUGUAGAUCCACAUAGCAACUUCUAUUUCAGUCUCGUUGAUAAACAGCUUUUAAGAAAUUGGUAUAUUCUAUACCUCAAAGUGUUCUAUGACCCAUUUAGCAUAAAAUAAAUACCCAAGGCUGCUACGCCUUACUAUAUCACACCAUAUUAUCUGACCAAACUAUAAGUGGCACCAUGUAGUACCAACUAUAUAUUAAUCCAUGAAGUUUUGGAAAGAAACGCUGUGUAAGUUGCUGUGAUAUUACCAAAUGAUUACUGAACUAAACAUUUUUUUUAUCAGCACAAACUCCCCCCCAAGUAGAUAUUUCCAAAACAGAGUUAGUAGUUGAACUUUUACCUCAGUAAUACCCUGGCAGUAGUCCUUGUCUUCAGUACUUAAUAUAAGGAAUUAAAAGACUCAAAUUAUGAACAAAGUUUAUUGUGAUCAUUUUGCAUUAUAUGUGUAUAUACAAAUCAUUAAGUUGUACACCUAAAACUAAUACAAUGUACAUGUCAAUUAUAUAUCAAUAAAAAAAACAAUA